GUGAUGAAGUCUGCUGUUGUGCUGCUAGCCUUUGUGGCCAUUGCAGAGGGCCUUAUCAAAAUCCCCCUUUUUAGAGGGAUGUCAGCCAGGCAGGUUUUGGAGGAGAAAGGCCUGUUUGAGGAGUACAGGAGGAAGUUUCCCUACAACCCGUCUGCAAAGUUUCAGCCUAGGGUUGACCAGAGUUUGGUGCCCAUCACCUUUGAUCCAGAGAUGACGUAUUAUGGAGUCAUUGGCAUUGGGACUCCACCCCAAUUCUUCAAAGUCCUUUUUGACACCGGCUCAUCUGACCUGUGGAUACCUUCCAUAAACUGCACCAGCCCUGCUUGCUAUGAUCACGCCAAGUUCAACAGCACAGCAUCCUCCACUUUUCAGGCUGGCUCAAAGUCUUUCUCCAUCUCAUAUGGCACUGGUUUCAUGUCAGGGAUUACAGGAUAUGACACCAUAAAGAUAAGUGACAUAUAUGUGGAGCAUCAAAUCUUUGGCCUCAGUCAUUUCGAGGCGCCUUUCCUUGAGGCCGUGCCAUGGGACGGGAUUCUGGGUCUGGCCCUCCCUGGCAUAUCGGUUGAAGGAGGCACGACUGUGAUCAAUAACAUGUGGAACCAGGGCAAACUCCCGCAGGACUUGUUCUCCAUCUACCUCAGCAGUUCUGUGGAAGGCAGUAUGUUAAUCCUGGGAGGAACAGACCCUCUGUAUUUCAGUGGAGGCAUCAACUGGGUCCCUGUGCACGGUGCCACUGGCUUUUGGGCUAUUAUAAUAGAAAGCAUCACCAUCAAUGGGAACACGGUAGCGUGCUCUGGGUCAUGCCAAGCCAUCGUCGACUCUGGCACUUCUCUUAUUGUUGGGCCAAGCAAAGACAUCAACAACAUCAAUGGCUGGGUGGGAGCCUACACAGACCAGUUUGGUAACGAGGCUGUCGUGAGCUGCAGUAACCUGAAUGUCAUGCCUGACAUAGUCUUCAACAUAAAUGGCUACAGCCUCUCUCUUCCUCCGUCAGCCUAUGUCAUGCAGUCGUCGACAUCUCAGUGCAAAACAGGGUUUGAAUCUGGCAGCUGGAUCCUUGGUGAGGUCUUCAUGAGGCAGUUCUACACUGUCUUCGACAUCGGAAACAACAUGGUGGGCUUCGCUCAGGCUGCUUGA